AUGCAGAGCCCCAGCUCUGCCUCGGCUAUAACCACUGGUAUCUGCCGGCUUCAAGGGUGGGCAGAGCUUCAAGGGUGGGCAGAUCUCCCACAAUGUCUUCUCCAUUCCAUCAUUCCUCUAUUGGGUUCCGUCCUUGAGCUCAUUGCCUUCGCCAGCACCUGCCACUCUUGGCGCGCUGCCUUGUCAUCACACCCAUCCAAAUCUACACUCCUCACCUUUCUGCCACCUCUCCUCAUCCAGCCCCACAUUACUGUCCCUUCCAGCGCUGACAGUCGUGUGUUUCGCACGUGCAAAGUCGUUGAUCCAGCGGAAAUGAGAAGAACCCUUUGCUGCCAGAUUCCUGAAUUAACAUUUGAUGUGGCGUGGUUAUCUGGUGAGCUGUGGUUCACUCGUUCUUCCUAUGGCAAGCUGAUUUGUGGUCGUGAUGAAGAUUGUCGUGUUGUGGAUGUGUUCACUGGUGCCCAAGUUGUACCUCCACAUCCCCCAUUUGAGAAAAGUGUUAUUGGCUUGUAUGGCAUGCUGACAGCUCCCCUUUCAUCACGAGACUCACACCUCCUACUUUGCGCAGUAUCAGAACAUCAUCGUUUCCUGCUUGAUUGGGUGAUCGGCAGUAAUGAUUGGUCAAGAUUGGAUUUAUGUUGCAUAGAUUGCAAUAAUGUAGAGAUUGUGCAGAUUGUGGAGUUCAAGGGUGAUUUCAUCGCUAUGGGAUUGGCGCCCAGGCGGAUUCAGGUCCAAGCUGCAUGGUGGAAGGGAAGUGCAUGA